GGCUCCAAUAUUCUCUAGGGAACUUGGUCUCAUCCCCUGUGUACUUACUGUGCGCUCCAGCUGCUCGCCGCGGAAUGGAAUGGGAUCAACGCGGCGAAGGAGGAUCUAGCUAGGUCUGUCGCCAGACGAUCGAUCGCGCAGGAGCGCGCGCCAUCGGCAUUUGAGUCUCUCGGGGGAUAUCAGGAAGAGCUCGCGAGUCGUCUUCCGAUUGAAAAUGUGCUGGUAUCGCCGCUCGCUCCGCGCGCUUCUCCUUGCGGCGGUUGUGAUUUCGGUAGCUAGAGCGCAGCGAGGUCCAGCGCCAGCGCCAUCCGCCACACCGGUGGGGUCUUCGUGGAAAACGUUAACGGGUGCCAAGCCUCUCGUCAUCUCCAAUGGCCAGUCGGGGGUUUUCUCCGACCAGACCUUAAGAUCCUACGCCGAUGCGCUCAAGAAAACUUCCGGCGGCAUUGCGCUCUACUGUGACUUGCAGCUCUCCAAGGACGGGCAGCCCAUUUGCAGAACGCAAAUCGGCCUGGAAGCCACCACGAACAUCGGGGACAUUUUUCCAGGAGCUAACUCCACUUACAUUGUCAAUGGCGAGCCUAUCAAUGGCUAUUUUGCCGUGGACUUCACGUCCAUCCAGCUGAGCAACGUCACGGCUAGACAAGGACCUCUCAGUCGUCCUGCUACUUUCGAUGGCGAUCCGCUUGCGUCUCCCGAUAUGGUUGCCGGGCUUUUGGCUAGCUAUACGAAUACGACUGGACUGCCGGGCCUGCUUUGGCUGAACGUUGAGUACUGUAAAUUUUAUGAUGAUCGGAAGAUCAACAUGACAUCCUACGUGUUGUCAACUUUAAGAAAUCUUUCCCCUGACUACAUUUCUACGCCUGAGCUGGGACUUCUCAGGACCCUGCGCUCUCGUGCCAGCAGUAGAAGCAGAACAAAAAUCGUUUUGAAGGUUAAUGAUCUUACGGACCCUGAACCGACAACGAAUCAGACGUAUGCAGCUCUAUUGGCAAACCUCACAAACAUUAGAACCUUGACAUCUGGAAUUCUGGUAUCCAAAAGUUUGAUAAGAACCUUCAAUCCGACUACGCUUCUCUUGGAAAAUCCUACCACUAUUGUCCAAGAUGCUCACCGGGCAAGGCUUGAAGUACAUGCAUUCGGUUUUGCUAACGAUCAAUAUCCUAACAGCUACAACUACAGCUUCGAUCCUAUUAGAGAGAUACUCUACUUUAUCGAUGAUCCCAGUUUUGCCGUCGAUGGCGUUUCUUCGGACUUUCCAACAACAGCAUCUCUGGCAAUAGAUUGUUAUGGGAACCAAAAUGGUGGAAAAUCUCCGGAAGCGAGUGAUAAAGUGAUUGCACCGUUUAAAAGCAAGCGAGUUAUAACCCACAACGGAGGAGACAGCGGAAAUUAUCCCGGCUCGACUCGUCUUGCUUAUAGCAGUGCGAUCGGCAAGGGAGCCGAUUACAUCGAUUGCAUCGUUCAGAUGACCAAAGAUGGAGUGGCUAUAUGUACACAAUCACCUGACCUUCUACUCAACACAGAUGUAAGUGCCACUCCACUGCUAUCGCGCACGAAGACCUAUGAAUCCCUGCAAGACGCACCCGGGAUUUUCACGUUUGAUUUCACAUGGGACGAAAUCAAGUCGCUGAAAGCCAAAAUAUACAAUCCCGAAAGUGCUAUUGUACGAAACAAAGCAAACGAUGGUACCCAGAGUCUUCUCACGCUAUCCGACUUUCUGAACAUUACUAAGGACAGCCCAAACGUUGGCGUUUAUUUGGUCUUGCAGAGAGCAUAUCUUCUGAAUGGAACAUUUGGCAUUGAUACGGUAGCAGCUGUCUCAGCGGCUUUAAGACAGGCAGGAUUUACCAACACCUCAAAUGUGGUAAUUCAAUCCGAGGACGCGACCGUUUUGCGAGCGCUUCGCAAUCUUGUCUCGGCUGAGUUAAUAUACAGCGUUCCGGGAAACAAGACGUUGACAGACGCGGUACUGGAAGAAAUUAAGCAGUUUGCCAGCGGUGUAGCCGUUCCGAGAUCUCUCGUCAGUCCGACUGCUGAUUCGUUUCUCACCGUGCCCACAGACGUUGUAGAACGCGUGCACAACCACAGCUUAUCCGUGGUCGUUGUAUACUUCAGGAAUCCGUUUACUACCAUACCCUUCGACUUUCUUGCGGAUCCAACUCUGGAGCUCAACACUUACGUGCAGUUUUACGACAUCGACGGGAUUGUGACCGACUUCCCCGAGACUGCAAAGUCAUACUUGACUAAUCGCUGUGUUUCUCGAGGCUCGAGCAGCAGCUCUCCGAUUCCACUUAUACUGCCGGGUGAUCUGGGCCUGGCUCCCCCGCCCGCGGGUGCGCCAUUUCCAGCACUAGACGUAGCGGAGCCGCCGCUCCCUUCGCUUGCGCAGCCUCCAGCUCCGGCUCCAUCUUCCACUCGGAGCUCCAGUACAGGCACUCUUCCCGGACUCCAGCUCGUCACGGCCUGCCUUGUCGCUUCUUUCCUCGGGAGACACUUGCUAUGAAGUGGAGAACAUUCGCAACGACAACAAGCUUGGAAGACGACGACGACGCAAAUGUAGAGGUACCGGUCCCAUCAGAGGAUUGUUUUGUUUUUCCUCUCUCUCUCUCUCUCUCUCUCGUGUUACAUUCGGCGUUACAUUUGGUAGAAGACUGUUUGUGAAUUCACUGAGCAUUCCAGGCCAGGAAAGAAGUCGAAAGAACUCGAUAACUCUCUCUCUCUUGCUCGCUGCUCGUCAUCAUAUAUCCAUCAAAGACGCUGGCUGUAUGUAUAAAUAUUUACAGGCUUACGAUCGAGCGACACCAUUUCAUUCAAAUUCCUUUCCAUUCAUGUCGUCGUGAAAGCUGCUGCUGUGAAUUAGGUGGAUUUUGUUUUCUCACAGUGGCAGGGAGCAAAGUUUUUGCUCGUCCUCGAGAGGGAAAGAGACUUAAAUGAAAGGAGACACGUUUGCAA